GCCCGUAACGCUGUUACACUAAUCUCAGACAGUCAAACUAUUCCUCGAUGAAAUUCGGUAGGAAGAUAUCGACGGAUCUCUAUUCCGAGUGGAAACCUUUCUACAUUGACUACAAUCGCCUCAAGAGAGAGCUCAAGUCACGAACCACCUCGCAUAAUUGGAAUGCAGAGGAUGAGCGGGCGUUUAUGGAAAUGCUCAAGGCUGAGCUGGAUAAGGUCCAUGACUUCCAGAAAGGAAAGACCUCCGAGCUCUCAAGGCGCAUACAUGAGGCGGAAAAGUCGGUGAAGCGCCUGGUUGCUCAAGAAAGCUUGGUUUCGUCACCCCACGCCGAUGGGACAGACCCUGAAUCUCAAGAGGCUGGCCCCAAUGAUUACGGUCCAGACGAAGGCUCUGACGACGAAGAUGACUUGGACCCUGACGAUAACUCCUUGGAUACACUCGAAGACCUCUUCCAUGAACUUGAGGAGGAAGUAGCUACACUCGUUGCCGACGUUCAUGACCUCGCGCUGUAUACCAAGCUGAAUAUCACCGGAUUCCUGAAGAUCCUCAAGAAACAUGACAAACAAAGUGGCUUCCCAUUGAAGACCAAGUUCAUUCAAGGUUACCUCGAAGAACGGCCCUUCUACAGGUACAACUGGGAUGCUCUCAUUGUCAAGCUGUCCAAGCUCUAUGACCUCGUGCGCACACGUGGUCACCCGGUGCAGGGCGACUCCAGCGCAGGUGGAACUCAGAGCGCCUUCGUUCGUCAGACGACCAAAUAUUGGGUUCAUCCAGAUAACUUGGUUCCGUUGAAGCUCGCUAUUCUAAGACACCUCCCCGUACUAGUAUUUAAUGCAGAGAAGGAGUUCGACCCUCGGGAUGCAGCAAUUACGUCAAUUUAUUUUGAUAACGAAGAACUUGAGCUGUACCUCGGCCGCCUUGAAAAGACCGAAGGAGCCGAAGCAAUUCGUCUGCGAUGGUAUGGCGAUGCCGACGUCAACACGAUAUUCGUGGAGCGCAAGACUCACAGAGAGGACUGGACGGGAGAAAAAUCAGUCAAAGCGCGGUUCGCGAUCAAGGAGCACCUCGUGAACGCAUUUCUCCGCGGAGAAUACACCAUGGAUGCUGAGCUUCAAGCGCUCGUCGACAAAGGGAAGAAGACUCAGCAAGAGGUGGACUCCAUGAUCCAGCUAGCAACGGAAGUGCAAUACCGCAUUCUGAUGCGGAAAUUGAGACCAGUCAUGAGGACAUUCUACAAUCGCACUGCGUUCCAACUUCCUGGAGAUGCUCGGGUCCGUAUUUCCCUUGACACUGAGCUGAGCAUGAUCCGAGAGGACAACUGGGACGGCCGUACACGUGCAGGAGAGAAUUGGAGACGCACGGAUAUCGGCAUUGAUUUUCCCUUUGAUCAAGUUGUACCGGAAGAUAUUGAACGAUUCAAGUACGGUGUUUUGGAAGUAAAACUGCAAACACAGUUCGGCCAAGAGCCGCCAAAGUGGGUGACGGACCUGGUCCAAUCGCACCUGGUCGAAGCAGUGCCAAAGUUCAGUAAAUUCAUCCAUGGAUGUGCUACUCUCCUCCCUAAUCGAGUUGAUCUGAUUCCAUUUUGGCUGCCGCAAAUGGACGCGGAUAUUCUGAAGCCGAACACGGGCUACCUCACUGUCGAGCGUCCAGCGGUCCCCUCUUCGAGAACCACACCAGACACUAAGUCUUCCGGUGCUGUCAGCCCAUCGCAUGCGUAUCUCGAACCUGUAUCCGAUGGCGAGGAGGACGAAAACAUGGACCUCACUCCUGCUAGAGACGAAGACAAGCGUACGGGUUUGCCUACCCAGGAGGUCGCCGAUGCUGUGGCUUUCCGGGAACGGUCGCUAAAGGAGCGCGAACGGAGUUCCAGACCUGCCUUGAACGUCGACACCGAUUAUGGCUCGACGUCCAACGGGGACGCGGAUGAUCGCACACCAUUCUUGCGACAGAGGAAAUCGAGCAAGGUCCAGGUUCCGAAUGGCCGCGCCGACGACGGCUCGCCCAUCUCGAUCGACCCCCUUGCACCUUCCUCUGCUUUUGAUCAGAAGCUUAAGGAACGUCUCCAGGGUGCUCAGGUUGACGGUGGGCGACAAGGAAAUGGCACUGGUCCGUUAGAGGCCGACGAGGACGUCCCCUCCGAUGAAGAACGGCUGCUCGUUAGAGAUUGGACUGCACCUUCUGGCAAGAAAAUUGUCGUCCCCGUUCGCAUCGAACCCAAGGUAUACUUCGCCAAUGAACGUACUUUCUUGAAAUGGCUCAGCUUUGCUGUUCUGAUCGGCACCAUCGCUACUACUCUUUUAAACUUCAUUCCUGCAAAUGACAGAAAAGGCCUCAUCAGCGCGUUCCUUUUUACGCUUUCAGCUUUACUUGCCAUUGCUUAUUCUGCCAUCAUCUUCGUCUAUCGCGCACUCCGCCUAAGAUCGCGCAGUGCUUCGGGUCUUUAUUAUGAUCGAUAUGGUCCCACGAUGCUGUGUUUUGUGCUUCUGGCUGCACUUGCGACAAACAUUGGCUUACGGGCGUCAGCAUUAUGAUGAGCCAUGCAUUAUUUUACCUUGUUCGGUUUCAAUCCAAUAGGACUCUGCAUUACCCACUUGUGUAUCUUGCGAUCAGUACCCACGUCGUUUCGCGCUUGCAUCAGCAUAAUGGUUGAUUGUCUCAGCUUACAUAGACUUAAAAUGACAUUAUAAUUGUCCG